AUGUCUUCGCAGCCCGCAACGUCCGUGACAGCCUCCCUAGGCAAGCUUCACAUUUCACCCACGCCGAAACGGGCGACGCAAGCUGAGCCCGCCGAGUGUUGGGAAGACGAGGCAGGAGAUUCGGGAUCAGAGACUGAGGCCGAGGGCACACUGACCCCGGUGCGUCCACGAACCUCCGACUUACCAGGCGCACCUCCACCAACGCCAUCGUCGCCCGCCUCCACCCGUGAGCGCGAGACCAGCUAUCCACCUGUUUCAUCGUUCGGCUUCGACGAUGCAUUCGUCAAAACUUCUUGCAGCUCCAGAUCUGGCACUGCUGGCGCAGACGGCAAGAGGCCCGACAAGACCACAUCUGUUGCAUCAAGGCUCAUAGCCGCUGGUAUUGGUCAAAAGGCACCCAGACGAACGAAAGAAGAGCGCGAGUACGAUCAGGCCAUGCAAAUACAAGAGAAAAAGAGGCGUGACAAGGCCCGGGAAGAAGAGGAGAACAAAAAGCGAGAGAAGGAAAGGGCUCAAAAGGCCGUGUGGGAUGACUGA